AAACAUUGUGCUACGCUAUGCACUUGUGAAGUCAACCCUGGCAUGUACUGUUUUUCUCUCUCUUUCCUCUCACCCCUCUCUUAUCUACUCACCCCCUAUCUCCUUUCUUCUCUGUAUUAGUUUUUAAAACCAACGCGCGCAGUUUUAGUGAUACAACAACACCACGUUUAGUAGCCAAACGUCGCCCAAAUAAUGUUUUUAUACGCCGAAGUAUAAGUGAAAGUACAAAUAGCUAAAGCUACACGAGCUCACUGAAAUACGACGCGAGAAAGAUUUUGGGGACAAGAUAUCCUUCAUGUUGUGACAUACCAGUGAUGGGGCAGAAUCACACCCGGUGACAUGGCUUGUACAAGGCAAUCCGCUUUAGAGUACAUUCAAAAUGGAAGGAGACUCCUUGUUGAAAGGCUCCAGAAUCUGUCCCUCAUUGUGGAAAACCUGUUCCAGCGCAAGGUUCUUCAGGAGGAGGAAGUCAGUAAAAUUCAGGCAGAAGUUGACCGUUUUGACCAAACCAGAAAAAUACUGGACUGGGUCACGGCCAAAGGAGAAGCUGCAUGCUACGAGUUACUGAUGAUUCUAGACAUCACAAGGAAGAGGACCUUAGACAACGCUGACUUACAGCAAUGGAUCAGCUGCUUCCCCUUCAAGGAAGACCCAGAGAUGUCAGACUACCUUGUUGGUUCAAAACCCUGUCACAGAUAUCAGUCACAGCUGAAAUGUAAAGCUCGAAAGAUCACAGAGGCUGCAUGGAGACAAAGCUGUAGUCUCCUACCAGAGAGGUAUAGAAAUGAGGUGACUUUCUCUUACACUCCUCUUGUGUUAGAUACAGACGUGCCUUCAUCUCUCUCUAAAAUCGAAACAAAGAGCAAAAGAUGCAAGAAAGCUCGCCCUAAAAAGCUAAAGAGCUUCAUCCCCGUGGCCAAACAGGAAACGUCCCCGACUGACCUGCUUAAAACACCCAAGAGAAGGAUCCUCUUAGUUGGAAAACCUGGAAUUGGAAAGACAGCAGUCGCCCAUCAAAUGUUGAACCUCUGGGCACAGAAAGAUCACAGAGAACUAGAUUACAUGUUUUACUUUGAUGUGAGAGACAUUUCACCCAGCACACAUCCCAUGAGACUGGAGGACCUUCUCUUUAACAUGUACAGUGAGCCAGAAGAAAGUAGAGAAGAAGUGUUACAGGAUAUUAAGAAGAACUCUGAAAACGUUGUCAUCAUUUUUGAUGGAAUCACAGACCUCUCCUCUCAUUCGGUGAUAAAGAAACUUGUGGACAAGGACCUCCUCCUUGAUGCAAAGAUUGUGAUCACAUGCAGACCAGAGGUUCCAUCAGGAGACUUCCUGACAGACUGGCUCUCGUUCAGAGUGGAGGUGAAAGGGUUCAGUAAUGAGUCCAUCCGGGCUUACUUAACAAAGAUGUUGAGUGCUGAGCCUAACCCUACGCCAAACCAUGAUUCCUUGAGCAUUGUGUUAAACAACCUAGAGUUGUUCAGUCUGUGCCAUGUCCCGAUGUAUGCAUUGAUGGUGGUUGCCUGCAUGUAUUAUUCCACCCAAGAGGCUUCUAAGCAGCCAUGGCCUACAACUAAGAUGUACAUCAACAUCCUCCGUUACUGCAUCCUAAAACACAGUGGCAAACAGAUGAAUGAUCUCGACAAGUGUCUCGCAGAAAACAGAGAAAAAAUAUUGUCUUUAGCAGAAAUGGCUUUCGAUGCAACACAGCAAAAAACGAUGAACUUGACAGAACUGAGCUACGAAGUAAGCAGUGUCCAGUUUUCUUUCUUGAGGGCUCUUAUAAUUAUGGUUGAGCCCACAGUAUCAGACACUUACUUUGCAUUUCUCCAUUACACAAUGCAGGAGUUCUUUGGUGCCCUUUGGCUCUUACAGAAUCCAGACAAAAUCAGAGAUGUUCUACAGAAGUGCCAGACUGAAGAAUGGAAACACACAAAACACAUGGUUCCUUUCAUGUGUGGGCUUCUGAAUGAGAGGAAUAUUCGAUUGGUAAAUGGUCUAGUUCCAGCUCAACAGAUCAAGAAGACAUCAGAUUGGUUCUUCAAGGAAGUGGUAAACACAUUUCUUCCACUUCAAACAAACCAAGAUCAUGCAGAAGGUGGUGCUCCUGAGUUUGAGAGAGAUCUUCUGUUUUUAUGUCAGUGCUUGUAUGAAUCUCAGUCUACUGAGGCCUGUUUGCUUCUUCUGGACAAACUGGACUACACUCUAGACCUGGAUGAAGAACAUCUUGAUCCUCACCAGUGCUGUGCAGUCUCCUAUAUGAUCAGUCAGUCUGCAGAGAGAAAGGUUGACUUGGACCUGAACAGCUGCACUGUGUCAGACCAAGGACUAAGGCUGAUACUGGGCUCUCUGAAGAACGUCCGAUAUCUCAGAUCUGACCCAUCAAUGCUGUGUCAACUCUGGACAACUUUGCUGCGCAGUGAGGCAGACAUUGACUUCACUAGCUUACUUGGGCUCUGUGGAAAUGAGUUGCACCUUCCAUUCCAGGGUGAAAGACGAGUUUUUGUGAGAGCAGAAGAAGUGAUGAAGCAGAGCCUAGAGAGGGUUAACCUCUGUCUACACUGGGAUCGGAGAACUCUUCUCAGUGAGGCUCUCAGCAAGACCAUUUUAAAGUGUUUAACACAUAUCAACAAACUCCAUUUUACCCCACUACAAGAUCAGAGAGAAUCCCCUGAAAAACUAGAGAAAGAAGAGAAAGCAGUCCUACUAGAUUUGUGUCUACAAGCAGGAUUAUGUCACAGAGAAACGUUCCAGGGUGCUGUGAACACACUGCUGUCACUGUUCUCUGUGUAUCAAACUGAAAGAUAUGACAUCUUGCUGGAUCUGUACUCACAUGUGAAGUACAAUAGGAAACAAGCAGGCAGAAGUAUCCUUCCAUCAUUGAGACCACUUUACCAGCCAGCUCCUGCAGUCUGGUCCAUAGACCUCUCAGAGAGAAAGGUCUCCCUCCUCCUAGAAGUGCUGAAACUCCAACCAGAGAAGAAAUCAGUAGAGCUGAAAGGCUGGUCAGAUGAAGAGCGUGAAGUGAGGAGUUUCCUUCAGUGUCUGCCCUACAUCUCACAUCUGAGGUUUGCUCCACCACAGGAUCAGAUAGGAUCCCCUGAAGAGUGGAGAAAGAGAGAGAAGACAUUCCUACUGAAUCUGUGUCUUCAAGCAGCCCUCCAUGAGAGAGAAACCAUACAAACAACUGUAGAGAAAGUGUUGUCACUGUCUGAAGUUUAUCACGAUCAGAAAUGGGAGCUCCUGCUGCAUCUGUACUCUCACGUGAAGGACUAUGAGACUCAAACAGGCAGGAGUGUCCUUCCAGCAUUACAGACAGUUUACCAGUCAGCUCCUGCAGUCUGGUGCAUAGACCUCUCAGAGAGAAAGGCUUCCCUCCUCCUAGAAGUGCUGAAACUCCAACCAGAGAAGAAAUCAGUAGAGCUGUGGGACUGGUCAGAUGAAGAGAGUGAAGUGAGGAGUUUCCUUCAGUGUCUGCCCUACAUCUCACAACUGAGUUUCUAUCCAUGGUGGUCUGAUCCCUCAAAGCUGAUCAAGUUCCUGGUGGGUCUCCUGUCUCAAGCAGCAGAGUGGGAGGAGCAGUCAGGAGAGAAGACACUGAAGCUGGUAUCAUCAGUGUGUACUUACAGAACCUUCCCUUUCUGUGACGGGGAUGAUGAGGAUGAGUGGUUUCAAUGUGAUCUCCUGCUGGAUCUGUACUCACAUGUGGAGGACUAUGAGACUAAAACAGGCAGGAGUGUCCUUCCAUCAUUGAGACCACUUUAUCAGUCAGCUCCUGCAGUCUGGUCCAUAGACCUCUCAGAGAGAAAGGCCUCCCUCCUCCUAGAAGUGCUGAAACUCCAACCAGAGAAGAAACCAGUACAGCUGAAAGGCUGGUCAGAUGAAGAGAGUGAAGUGAGGAGUUUCCUUCAGUGUCUGCCUUACAUCUCACAGCUGAGUUUCUGUCCAUGGUGGUCUGAUAUCUCAAAGCUGAUCAAGUUCCUGGUGGGUCUCCUGUCUCAAGCAGUAGAGUGGGAGGAGCAGUCAGGAGAGAAGACACUGAAGCUGGUAUCAUCAGUGUGUACUUACAGAACCUUCCCUUUCUGUGACGGGGAUGAUGAGGAUGAGUGGUUUCAAUGUGAUCUCCUGCUGGAUCUGUACUCACAUGUGGAGGACUAUGAGACUAAAACAGGCAGGAGUGUCCUUCCAUCAUUGAGACCACUUUAUCAGUCAGCUCCUGCAGUCUGGUCCAUAGACCUCUCAGAGAGAAAGGCCUCCCUCCUCCUAGAAGUGCUGAAACUCCAACCAGAGAAGAAACCAGUACAGCUGAAAGGCUGGUCAGAUGAAGAGAGUGAAGUGAGGAGUUUCCUUCAGUGUCUGCCUUACAUCUCACAGCUGAGUUUUACUCCACCACAGUAUCAGAGAAGAUCCCCUGAAGAGUGGAGAAAGAGAGAGAAGACAUUCCUACUGAAUCUGUGUCUUCAAACAGCCCUCCAUGAGAGAGAAACCAUACAAACAACUGUAGAGAAAGUGUUGUCACUGUCUGAAGUUUAUCAGGGUCGGAAAUGGGAUCUCCUGCUGGAUCUGUACUCUCAUGUGAAGGACUAUGAGACUCAAACAGGCAGGAGUGUCCUUCCAGCAUUACAGACACUUUACCAGUCAGCUCCUGAAGUCUGGUCCAUAGAUCUCUCAGAGAGAAAGGUCUCCCUCCUCCUAGAAGUGCUGAAACUCCAACCAGAGAAGAAAUCAGUACAGCUGUGGGACUGGUCAGAUGAAAAGAGUGAAGUGAGGAGUUUCCUUCAGUGUCUGCCCUACAUCUCACAGCUGAGUUUCUGUCCAUGGUGGUUUGAUCCCUCAAAGCUGAUAGGGUUCCUGGUGGGUCUCCUGUCUCAAGCAGCAGAGUGGGAGGAGCAGUCAGGAGAGAAGACACUGAAGCUGGUAUCAUCAGUGUGUACUUACAGAACCUUCCCUUUCUGUGAUGAGGAUGAUUAUGAUGAGUCGUUUCAAUGUGAUUUCCUGCUGGAUCUGUACUCACAUGUGAAGGACUAUGAGACUCAAACAGGCAGGAGUGUCCUUCCAGCAUUACAGCCAGUUUACCAGUCAGCUCCUGCAGUCUGGUCCAUAGACCUCAGAAAGAGAAACGUCUCCCUCCUCCUAGAAGUGCUGAAACUCCAACCAGAGAAGAAACCAGUACAGCUGAAAGGCUGUUCAGAUGAAGAGAGUGAAGUGAGGAGUUUCCUUCAGUGUCUGCCCUACAUCUCACAGCUGAGUUUCUGUCCAUGGUGGUCUGAUCCCUCAAAGCUGAUCAAGUUCCUGGUGGGUCUCCUGUCUCAAGCAGCAGAGUGGGAGGAGCAGUCAGGAGAGAAGACACUGAAGCUGGUAUCAUCAGUGUGUACUUACAGAACCUUCCCUUUCUGUGAUGAGGAUGAUUAUGAUGAGUCGUUUCAACGUGAUUUCCUGCUGGAUCUGUAUUCACAUGUGGAGGACUACGAGACUCAAACAGGCAGGAGUGUCCUUCCAGCAUUACAGCCAGUUUACCAGUCAGCUCCUGCAGUCUGGUCCAUAGACCUCAGAAAGAGAAACGUCUCCCCCCUCCUAGAAGUGCUGAAACUCCAAUCAGAGAAGAAACCAGUACAGCUGAAAGGCUGGUCAGAUGAAGAGAGUGAAGUGAGGAGUUUCCUUCAGUGUCUGCCCUACAUCUCACAGCUGAGCUGUGAUUCUGACAGGUUCUUCCAGCGUGUGUGUGAAUCCAUCCCUGUGAGGUCCAGAGAGGAUGCCCAGCUGUUGGCCUCUCUCCUCCAGGCCUUGGGCUCCACCCUGUCACUGGGAGGACAGUUACCCAGGAAAACCUGCAGGUCUGUGGUGAGAGUGCUUGGCCUCUGUGCCUCCAGAGUGGACCUCACUCUCACCCCCAGCAAGAUGUCUCUGAAAGGAGCCUCACUUCUCUUCACACAUGUAUCACAGCUACACAAGCUCAGGCUGAAUGUGGGCAUGGCAGUGAGACUGGCCAGACUGGCUAGGAGGACAGGGAGAGGGGGUUCUCCACUGACUGUCACAGAGCUCUCCCUGGUCCUAAAGAGCAGCCAGCCACCAGAGAGAGUGUUAUCCAGGGCUCUGAGUAGUGUGGCGUCCCUGCUGAGACUCUGGACGGUGCAGUGUCUGGACCUGACUGACUUCUGCAUCCAGGGUCACUCUCUCAUCACACUACUUUGUCACCAAGGCCCUCUCACUCUCAGACUGCACUCAGACACCCUGCAGCAGCUGGCUGUAGUUGUGUAUGAAGCUCAGGACAAGGACUUGACUCGGUGGUUCCUGGAGAAGGUUGGUGGAGACCUGACCUCCUGUAGGCUGGACUGGGAGGUGCUUCUCUCUCUGCUGCAGCAUUCAACCCACAACAUCACAGUGGACCUCAGGAAGAACAGGCUUCUAGAGAAGAACAUCUCAGAUCUUUUCCCCUUUCUGGGAAGGGUUAUAUUCAAGAGGCUCAGUUCCAGCUUUGUGAAGUCCACCAUCAGACAGAUCUAUGACAGUAGAGCCAGUGACUGUGUGUCCAGUUUGUUGAGGUCUUCAGACCAUUGGAUCAACCUGAACAGCAGAGAGCUGGACAGAGUGGACUGUACUGCGCUGUGUUUCACCCUGCAGCACAGCCACCAAGUCAAAGUCAACCUGCUGUGGACCUCCAUACCACCGGGGGAGAUAGAGAGCAUCCUGCCUCUUCUGGACAGAGUCUCCCAACUCAGUGUUGACAGGAUGCUGUUGCUGAGUUUCCUCCACUCCUGCGCUGCCUCUCAGAUCCUGCAGGGGGCACUAUCACCACCUUCAGCAAUAACAACAGCAGCAGCAGAGCUGCUCAGGGCUCUGCAGCACAGGUUGGACUUCUCCUGCUCCUCCUCUGUGGACCUGUCGGCUCACGACCAGGGGGAGGCGCUGUGUCUGACCACUGACCACUGUAGGGCCAUAAACUCUGUUCUGAAGCAGAGCCAGCACAGCACACAGCUGGUUCAGAACCCGACCCAGAACCAGUCCCGAAACCAGCCCCAGGUGCAGCUCAUCCUUAAAGACUGUGAGGUGGAGCACGGAGCACUGAGAGAGCUGCUUCCCAUCCUGCAUAUUGUCAAGCUGAGCCCCAGCAAAGCUCUGCUACUUCAGCUGGUGGACCAUGUGUGUGAGGGGAUUGAAGAGGGAGUGCUGAGAUACGCAGAGUCCCUGUGCAGAGCCCUGGAUGGGGAGCUGGACCUCAGUGAGACCAGGCUGAACCAAAAGGCCUGUGGAUCUCUGGCCCUGGUUCUGGAACACUCAGAGGGGCUGUCAGAACUGGACCUCAGCCACUGCCAACUCACAGACCGCCAUCUACAGCCCCUGCUCACACACCUGCACAAAGUUGAAGUCCUUGACCUGAGUCACAAUGACAUCACUGAUGCUCUGACCGACAGAAUUCUCCAACUGGUCUCCACCAACACUUCAAUCCGCACCGUACGGCUCUUCAGCAACACAAUCAAGGACAGAAGUCCGUUCCUGACAGACAAGAGGUUUGACAUCUGGUGAAGCAGCAUCAGGUCCAAGUCCAGACAGAGGAAGCGAAGAUGGAUGUUGAAGAGGUAGAGGAAGCGAAGAUGGAUGUUGAAGAGGUAGAGGAAGCGAAGAUGGAUGUUGAAGAUGGGUGUAGUAGCUACGAAGCCUCAUCUCAUCAACCUUAACCUGGACACUAAACGUAUCCUAAUUUUAACCAAUUCUUAAAUAUUGAAUGAAAGCCACACACCCUUAGUUUUUAGCUGACCUCAUCAUGGUGUCAGAAGAACUGCAAGUGAUGUCAUCAGGGAUUUGGGGACUAAGGUAUUGUAAAAAUAGUUGAGACUCCAGAACUCUGGAAUGUUCUGAGUGUAAUGGAUAGGAAUGUGUAGUUUUAUUUACCUCUUACAUGGUUCUGAAAAACACAGGAACAUGUGUAGUAUAACGUUUUUACUAGAUGAUUUUUGUGAUCUGACAAUUUGUGAAAUUCCUUCUGAAGGAAUGGAAUGUAUUUGUGCUUUUAUAGUCUAGUAUUUAUCAGGUUGAUGUGAAUGUGUUCUACAGUUGCAGUGGGAGACUUAAUACAUGAGUGUUUUGUUGCAGGUCAACCUCAUGGUAUUGUUACUCAGGCUAGCCCUGUUGAGAACCAAGCUUCCCUAUUCAGGAAGCAAGAGAUGUGUUGACUUCUCUUGAACGUUUGCUAUGUUGUGCAACGUUUUGUACUGAAUGACACGUUUCCCCGAAAUGUUCCUGAACAGACUUCGAGGUACGUUUGGUGGGUGUAGCGAGGUGUGGCUUGACAUAUUUUUAUUUUUAAAGGGCCGUGGCCAUGCUGACAGCAUUCUCCAACCCACAACCCAACCCCUCCCCAUUUUUCAACUGGUUGUUCAGUACAGCACUGUUUACGUUCAUUUGAACCGUUUCAGAACGUAGAAACAUACUGAACGCAGCCCUGGUGAAGUUCAGGGCAGAAAGUAGCUACAAGUGGGUGGAAACCAUUGAUGCCUCGCAACACGUCAAACCAAUCAAUUGCCUUGCUUUGGCGGAGCACUAAAGGUAGCCACUAGUGCCAUAGGAGGAACAGUGUGUGAGGAUGCCCAGGAAAUCGCUGGUGUAUAACAUAGGCUGUAUGUACACACAUCAUAAUAAAAUGUAUUUAGUAGAGCAGUUGUAAUGCCUUCAUCGACUUGUGAUGAACAUUACACGCAGCUUCCCUUUUAAGGGCAUGUGGGGGAGGUUUCUUGAAAUAUAACAUCCAAUCAAAAUGUAGCCGCUGGAACCCAGCAGACCAUUCUGUUUUGGCUCAUACAAAAUUCUCCAAUUCUCCAGCAUGACAACAAUGUGAUUUUGGAGGUAUGGCUACAUGAGACUAGUACAAUGAGACUAGUUGGUCGAAGAUUUUAGCUUAUUCCUUUAGUCCCGCCCCAUUUUACCUUCACAGAUUUAUGCUGGGAUCUUUUCCACGUGUGAAGUAGCUGAUGGCUCUUGCCCUUGAAGCAUGGUGUUACAGAUUCAAGCCUGGACUGGUCAAUGUGGUUUUGGUAGCACUAACCUGAUGGUGAUAGAAGCAUUGGAUUCCUUCUCCGGUUAUUCCUGUGGUUCGGGAACAAAAGUGUCUACUUUUUCCUCCAUAACCACUGCUGGUUACUGUUCCAUAUCCGCAGAGGGGAAUCCCAGGAUGAACCACUCCCCACUUAUCGCUUUCUUCCGGCCAACAAGGCACAGCCAUCUUACGUGUCACAGCUACUCCCAGCAGCCUGUACCCCCAGCAGCCUGUACCCCCAGCAGCCUGUACCCCCAGCACUUGGCCUGCACCUUGUAAAAACCCAUAGUGAAUAUCUGAUGGAAUGGCUUGGCCUGCACCUUGUAAAAACCCAUAGUGAAUGUCUGAUGGAAUGGCUUGGCCUGCACCUUGUAAAAACCCAUAGUGAAUGUCUGAUGGAAUGGCUUGGCCUGCACCUUGUAAAAACCCAUAGUGAAUGUUUGAAAAAUAUGCACACAUUUUGCAAUCCAAAAUGUGUGCAAUUCGAAUCUCAUCAAAGAUUACUUUAACUAAUUAGCAAUUUUUCAACUACUUAACAUGUUAGCUAACCCUUCCCCUAACCCCUAACCUUAACUCUUUAAACUAGCUCCUAAUCCUAACCUUAACUCUAGCCUAGCCAGCGUUAGCCACAACAAAUUGUAAUUUGUAAUAUACUGUAUCAUACGAAAUGGAUGAUGGACUUCCACAAAACUUGAGACAUCUGUGGCAUUGUUGUGUAAUACAACUGCGCAUUUUA